CAAUCAAACACUCCCGCCUGCGACAGGACCGCCAAUGUUCAUCUCGUGAUUUUGCAUGUACCUCCGUAGCUUAUCUAAUCGGCCUCGUUACUUACAUCAGGCGCCUCUCCUUGCCUCCAACACGGUCACCCUCUCUUCUCCGUCGCACCUCUCCCUCUUCCAAGGGUACCUCACCAGAUCAUCAUUAACUCUAGGCUCCCCUGCCAUCAGCCCACUUAUCAACUUAUGUCUACAUUCAUGUGAUAAGAAAAGACAAACCCAAAGGAAAUUAGGAGGAAGAAGAAUAAGAACUUGAAAGCUUCCCCAGUGACGUAGAAGUACCUAUAGUGCCUCGCUCGCUACGGCGUCGAAACCCAUCCCCAAGAGACACACGCCCGCGAAGAUGGCCCGAUUCCAGACCCUACCCAUCCUCCUCGCCCUCGCCUCCGCCCUGCGCUCCGCCCUCGCCCACCCUGCCAAGACGCAGGGCGGCCCGGAUGACAGCGACAACGACGACACGCCCCUGCCGGUCGUGAUCUGGCACGGCCUCGGCGACACCUUCUCGGCCGAGGGCCUGCAGUCGGUCGGCGCGCUGGUCGAGAAGACGAACCCGGGCACGUUCGUGUACUACGUGCGGCUGGACGAGAACCCGUCGAACGACCGGACGGCGACCUUCUACGGCGACGUGAACGCGCAGGUGGCCAAGGUGUGCGCGGACCUCGCCGGGCACCCGAUCCUGUCGACCGCGCCGGCCGUCGACGCGCUCGGCUUCAGCCAGGGCGGGCAGUUCCUGCGCGCGUACGUGGAGCGCUGCAGCGCGCCGCCCGUGCGCAACCUCGUCACCUUCGGCAGCCAGCACAACGGCAUCGUCGACUACCGCGCCUGCUCCCCCGCCGACUGGCUCUGCAAGGGCGCCAUGGCCAUGCUCCACACCAACACCUUCAGCGACCUCGUCCAGUCCCGCCUCGUCCCCGCCCAGUACUUCCGCGACCCCCGCGACCUCGACCGCUACCUCGACCGCUCCAACUUCCUCGCCGACAUCAACAACGAGCGCCCCGACAAGAACAGCACCUACGCCGAGAACAUCUCCCGCCUCUCCAACCUCGUCAUGUACCUCUUCGGCGACGACACCACCGUCAUCCCCAAGGAGACCGGCUGGUUCGAGGAGGUCAACGGCACCGAGGUCACCCCGCUCCGCGCCCGCCGCAUGUACCUCGAGGACUGGCUCGGCCUCCGCGCCCUCGACCGCAAGGGCGGCCUCACGUUCCGGACCGUCCCCGGAAAUCACAUGCAGAUCGCCGACGAGGAACUGGAGAGGGUAUUCAGCGAAUUCUUCGGGCCCGCAAAUAAGAGGUUUGCGUCCGGCGAUGGGUACGUGGCUUCGGAUGAGUUGUAGGAUUGGCCGUCGACGCCGGUGUAUAAAUAAAAGAGAAGCGGGCGUUCGAGCUAAGGCAUAAUGAGGGUUUCAACGUUAUAGUAAUUUUUCAACUGAAUA